AUGGCCGACAAACUCCGCACUCUCCAGAACCUCGAGGCGAUGCAGGCCCGCUACAUCGGCACGGGCCACGCCGACACGACCAAGUACGAGUGGCUCUCCAACAUCGUGCGCGACAGCUACGCCUCGUACAUCGGCCACCCGCCGAUGCUGUCGUACAUGGCCGUGGGGAUGGGCGAGUCCAAGGAGAAGGUGCGGGCGACGAUGAUCGAGAAGAUGGUGCGCGGGGCGGGGAAUCCGCCGGAGACACAGGAAUGA